GUCUGCAACACCAACACCUGAUUAUGUGUACGUAUGCAAAAUUGAGAAGAAACCAAGCAAAGGCAAAGAAACGAAGGGGCUUUGACAAUUCCAAUUUUCCAAUAUUUAAUAUUCAUUCAUUACAUUUUCAUCACACACAGACCCACAGACAUAAGUGGUAGACGAGAACGGUAGCAAGAUUGCAAUAAUAUCCAGGCUCGUGUGCCUUCAUCCUCACAACUUUGUAUUCCAAUCAGAGGUGCAGUGAUGGUGAAUUGAGUUUCAAAUUGGAUAUAGAGAGGGUGAAAUAUGAAUCGGUUGAACAAAAAUACAAGUGCCUGUAGUGAUGGUAGUGCCAGUGAUGAAUCUUGUGGAAUAGCUGGAGAAAGGGCUAGUUAUCUUGAUCAUGAAAUUGCACAGCUCACAAGACUUAGGUCAAGUCCCAAUGAACUUUUGGGUCGUGCUGUUCCAGGCAGGAUGAGGUUACCUGCAUCAACUGUGAGAAUGUUAGUUGGUAGGGAAGGAAAUUAUUCCGGACGGGGGAGAUUUUCACCAGCAGAUGGAUGCCAUGUGUUAAGCCGCUAUUUGCCCACCAGAGGUCCUUGGAUUGUGGAUCAAAUGAGAAGCCGUGCCUAUGUGUCGCAAUUUUCUGCUGAUGGUUCUAUUUUUAUUGCUGGAUUCCAGGGAAGCCACAUCAGGGUCUAUGAUGUUGACAGAGACUGGAAAGUUAAGAAGGACAUAUCUGCUAGAAACUUACGGUGGACAAUUACUGAUACAUCUCUCUCACCAGAUCAACUCUAUCUUGUUUAUGCCAGUAUGUCACCAAUUAUCCAUAUUGUCAAUGUGGGAUCUGCCACAACAGAGUCAAUAGCAAAUGUUACAGAAAUUCAUUAUGGAUUGAAUUUAUCUUCUGAUGAUGAUGAUGAAUUUGGGAUUUUCUCUAUCAAAUUUUCAACGGAUGGGCAAGAGCUUGUGGCUGGAACUAGUGAUAGCUCGAUAUGUGUAUAUGAUCUUGGAGCAAAUAAGCUUAGCCUUAGAAUUCCUGCUCACCUGUCUGAUGUUAAUACUGUCUGCUUUGCUGAUGAAUCUGGCCAUCUAAUAUAUUCUGGAAGUGAUGAUAGUUUUUGCAAGGUGUGGGAUAGGCGUUGCUUUGUCUCCAAAGGACAACCAGCUGGGAUCUUAAUGGGACAUUUAGAAGGCGUUACAUUCAUUGAUAGCCGUGGGGAUGGUCGUUAUUUAAUUUCCAAUGGAAAAGAUCAAACUACCAAAUUAUGGGAUAUAAGGAAGAUGACUUCUAAUGCCGUGAAUUUGGGCCUGGGAGAUGAUGAGUGGGACUAUCGGUGGAUGGACUACCCUGAAUAUGCAAGAAAUUUAAAGCAUCCCCAUGACCAGUCAUUGGCAACAUAUAAAGGUCACUCGGUGUUGCGUACUCUAGUGCGCUGUUAUUUUUCACCAUCUUAUAGCACUGGUCAAAAGUACAUUUACACCGGAUCCAGCGAUUCCUCUGUUUAUAUAUAUGACCUGGUAAGUGGUGGUCAAGUUGCAAAACUUAAUCAUCAUGAGGCACCUGUAAGAGAUUGUAGUUGGCACCCUUUCUAUCCAAUGAUGAUUUCUUCAGCCUGGGAUGGUGACAUUGUUAGGUGGGAAUUUCCUGGGAGUGAUGAAGCCCCUGCUCCUCCAAAUAAAAGACAAGGUCGUACUCGUAGGAGAAGUUUGUUUGAUAUUUAGUUUAUGUUCUUUGUACAUAUCUAUGUGUCUGGAUCCAUAGUAUAUUUUGGUAGCUAUAUGGAAUUUAUCCAUCUAUCUUUUACUUUUUAUAUUUUCAUACAGCUACAUGUAGGGUCCCAAAAAUUUGUUACAUUUAUUUGUACCUUGUUCUUUAAGCUUUGUAAGCCCAUCAUGUAUGAACAUAAAUAAUUAUAUUUGUACAUGUAAGUUUG